UAUCUAUAGUCCGAUCCAAAUCGUAUAAGGCUUGUUGUAAUCAUGAAAAUCAUCAACAUACUACUUUUGGUGCUAAGUACAUCUCUAACACUUGUGUCUGCUAAUUAUAAUUAUGGAGAUGCAUUGGAUAAAAGUUUACUGUUUUUCGAAGCGCAGCGAUCCGGUAAACUUCCUGCGAACCAACGUGUAAAAUGGCGAGGCGACUCCGGUCUUAGAGAUGGAUUUCAACAAGGGGUGAACUUGGUAGGAGGAUAUUAUGAUGCUGGUGAUCAUGUUAAGUUUGGGUUACCCAUGGCAUUCGCUGUCACAAUGAUGGCAUGGGGAGUUAUUGAUUUUGUAGAUGAAAUCAAAUCUAGUAAUCAAUUAGGACACACUUUGGAAGCCAUCAAAUGGGGUACUGAUUACUUUCUUAAAGCUCAUACACAAGCUAAUGUUCUUUGGGGUCAGGUUGGAGAUGGUAAUUCUGAUCAUUAUUGUUGGGAACGAGCUGAAGAUAUGUCAACUUCGCGAACUGCUUACAAGAUUGAUGCGGGACAUCCCGGGUCAGACUUGGCAGGAGAGACUGCAGCUGCUUUUGCUGCGGCUUCUAUAGCUUUCAAGCAUUACGAUUCUGCAUAUUCUAGUCUACUCUUGCAUCAUGCAAAACAACUUUUCACAUUUGCUGAUCGGUUUCGUGGUCGAUACGAUAAUUCAAUUCAAAAUGCCAAAAACUUCUAUGCUUCUGCAUCUGGUUAUUCGGAUGAACUUUUAUGGGCUGCUACUUGGCUUUACCAAGCCACAGGGGAAGACUAUUAUUUGGCAUAUGUUGUGAAUAAUGGCGCCUUUUUGGGAGGAACUGGUUGGGCUGUUGGUGAAUUCUCAUGGGAUAACAAAUAUGCCGGUGUGCAAAUUCUCCUCACUAAGGUUCUCUUAGAAGGAAAGGGUGGAAAAUACACUUCCACUUUACAGCAAUAUCAAGCUAAAGCGCAGUAUUUUGCUUGUUCCUGCGUGCAAAAGAACAGUGGCUACAACGUGCCUCUGACUCCUGGUGGAUUGUUAUACAUACGGCAAUGGAACAACUUGCAGUACGUCUCAUCCGCUUCAUUUCUUCUCGUCGCCUAUUCCGACUAUCUCUCAGCCCAUAACACUGCCCUCAAGUGCCCUGAUGGUCAAAUUCAACCUGAAGCUGUUCUCCAGUUCGCCAGAUCACAGGCUGAUUACAUUCUAGGGAAGAAUCCAAAAUCAAUGAGUUAUUUAGUCGGGUAUGGAUCCAACUACCCACGGUAUGUUCACCACAGAGGAGCUUCAAUUCCAUCUAUGUCAGUUCAUCGUUCUACUGUGGGAUGCGCUGGUGGUUACGAGGACUGGUACCAUCGCAAUUCUGCAGACCCUAAUGUUAUUUAUGGAGCACUUGUUGGAGGUCCAGAUAAGUAUGAUCAAUACACCAACGAACGUGACGACUAUGAACAAUCUGAACCUACCAUUUCCGGCACUGCUCCUCUUAUUGGUCUCUUCGCCAAAUUGCAAGGACAUGGUAGACCAGCCCCCUCAUAUCAAAUUACAGCCCCCUCGUAUCAAAAACCAGUACCUGUUACACCUAGUUAUGGUCAAGGGUCAACUUAUCAGAAAGCAACUCCUGCAGUCAGACAUCCAUAUGCAUCACCCCAACAAACAUCAAAUGUACCAGUAGUGUUCACUCAUUCAAUAACCGGCUCAUGGAGAGUAGGAACAAACGCGUUCUACCGUCACAAAGUGGUGAUCAGGAACACAUCUAAGAAGCACAUAGCAUAUCUGAAAAUGGGUAUUGAAAACCUAUCAGGAGAACUCUGGGGACUUACAAAAACAUAUCAGAAAAACAUUUAUGAGCUCCCAGCAUGGCUCAAGGGGUUGAAACCUGGUUCUCAACAUAGUUUCGUGUAUAUUCAAGGGGGCCCUCAAGCUAAAGUUAGGAUUUUGAAUUACCGUUAAAAACAUGUGGCGACUGCUUAAUUUACUUUUUCUUUUCCUCGUCCCUUCUUGUUUUUGUUACGGUGAGAGUUGAGAGGGAAUAGGAUUUGAGUCUCUGAUACAGUGUGGAUUCUAGUGUUUCAUAUUAACCGGUCCAAAUGUAAGAUUAUAA